AUGGCAGCCUCAUCUCGUUCUAGCCAGUAUCUCCAUGAUCAUUUCAAUGAACGAGCGGAACGAGUCAACAACCUCCAAGCGGAGGUGAACCGGCUUCAAGACGAAAACAAGAUCCUUCACAUCAAGCUCGCAGAGGAGAAGAUUAAAACACAGGGACUUAAGGCAUCGGUGAAGGCAAUGAAGUUAUGUCUAAACAGCUUGAUGGGCACUGCGGUACAGAGGUUACGACAGAUGAGCGCAAGCGAGGACGGGUCGAUGACUCGCAUCAGCAAUGAAGCAGAGGAAGAGCCUGCAGACUCCUCCAAUUCUAGUACUGUUGUCCCCACAGCGGAUCUUGGAAUCCCCUGUCUUGCUCUGGCACGGAUGGAGGCCGGUUAA